GUAUGGUUGGUAAGACCGCAACGCGCUUGUUUUGAUCAGAAGUGUCUGCUAUAAAAUUGGACAGCUUCAUUCGCUGAGGAUAUAUUUCACUCAAUCAAAAUCAAAAUGAGUUUUCUUCGCCGUUGUCAUCAAAGAAAAUGCUCCGCCUUUAUGAAUUCUUGUGUGAGGCAAAAUUGUCGAUCAUUCACAAAAAUUGCUGCUCUGUUAGAAUCGAAAGCAGUGGGAAGUCGGAUGACGGUACAGGGUUGGGUGAAGUCAAAGCGUAAAAUGAAGUUGGUUACCUUCAUUGAUGUCUCCGAUGGAUCUUCUUCUGAAAAACUUCAGAUUGCUGUAACAAACGAAGUACCGCCUCAGAUUGAUGUUGGAGCAUCUGUUAAAGUUGAUGGGAUCGUCCAGUCAUUUGGAAAAAAAGGCCAAAUAGAACUGUUGGCAGAAUCUGUGGAACUGAUCGGACCUUGCAAUCUUGAAGAUGGUUACCCAUUUGCCCCUAGGAAAACUUAUUCAAUGGAAUACAUCCGUCAGAAACUUCUGUACCGUCCCCGUACUAAUUUAUUUAGCUCUGUGUUGAGAUUACGAAGCAAUGCUGCCACUGCGUUUCGUAACCAUUUGAAUGCUGAAGGAUUUUACGAAGUGAAUGCACCAAUUCUUACAUCAAGUGAUUGUGAAGGUGCAGGAGAGGUUUUCUCAGUGAAACCCAACAACCAGGAACUCCUUAAGCAAAUGGCUAAAGAAGGACAAUCUCAAGAGUGUGCUUUCUUUAAUUCCAAAGUUUAUUUAAGCGUGUCUGGACAGAUGCACCUAGAAGCUGCAGUAAGGGGUCUCAGUCAUGUUUAUACAUUCGGGCCAACAUUUAGGGCCGAAAAUUCAAAAUCACGAUUACAUUUAGCAGAAUUUUACAUGUUGGAAGCUGAAGAAAUUCUAUAUAACAACAGUAUAGAAACUGUAAUAAGUACCAUUGAAAAGAUGCUUAGAAAUGUAACUCAAUGUUUGUUAGACUCAAGUAUGGCUGAUUUAGAAUCCGUGAGAAAUGUUCAAAUCCAACAGAAAAAGAGUGCACGAGAUGUUGUGGAGUAUGAGGCUGAUCCUUUAGAUGUAGAAAAUAUUCAGAAAACUUUCCUUUCAAGUUCACCAUACACCAUCAUGACUUACAGAGAAGCUAUGGACAUCCUGUCUAGUUCUAAAAAUAAAUUCAAAUCAAUGCCUAAAUUUGAAGAUGGACUUACCAAAGAACAUGAGCUUUAUCUUGUUAAACAUAAUAAAAAUAGACCAAUAUUUGUCAUUGAGUGGCCAGUCCAUUUAAAGGCUUUUUACAUGAAAGCAUCAAAAGAUGGAUCAAUGGUGGAGGCUUUGGAUCUUCUGGUGCCAAUUGUUGGUGAACUUUGUGGAGGAAGUGUCAGGGAAAAUGAUCCACAGAUCUUGUCUUCCAGGAUGAAGAAGUUGGGAGUGGAAGAGACGCUGUCGUGGUACACCGAUUUGCGUAGAUUUGGCAAUGUUAGCACUGGUGGGUUUGGUCUGGGGUUUGAAAGGUAUUUGCAAUGUUUACUCAACAUCACCAACAUAAAAGACGUUACACCCUUUCCCCGAUGGCCACACAACUGUCAAAUGUAGUGUUGGACUUUUUUAGAUUAUUUUUAUUGAUUGUUAUUGAUUUUGUUUUUGUACUACAUUAAAAUAUUCUAUGCUAAUAGAAA